AUGGAGGGAAUUAUAAUACACGAGUCUGAUAAUAUAACGUUUGAACCAUUAACUUCAUACGCUGAUUUGAAGGAUUUGUUCAUUGGAGAUUCCACAAUUUUUAUGGAAUCACUAACCAACCUUUACCAUUCUGGUAUUAAAAAGGUUUAUUUUUUAGUGGAAUCCUAUAAAGCUAAUAAAUACAAAGGAUUGGAGAAGAGUUAUAACAUCGGUAAAAGGGACUCACAACUACUAAUAGAAGUCGUUGGUGUAAAUGUUGUUAAAAUGGAAGUUGGCCCAGUAUUAAGAGAAUUUUUCACUACUCACACCAAUAUACAACAUUUCAUACUCAUGUAUAGUAAUACGUUGGUGAGUGUGCCAAUUUCUGAUGCAUUGGAGUUUCAUGAGAAUUUAAUGAAAACCAACUCCAAAUAUACCAUGACUAUGCUUUAUACACAUCACAAUUCCAAACUAUAUAAUGAUAUGGAGAAUGAUGGAGUAGUAGUAAUGAAUGAAAAGACUAGAGAAUUACUAAUGAUAUCGCAAGGAAAUUUAAUGUCGUUUGAUCAUAAUCUUUUUAGUCGUACCGCGUUUAAUCCUCUUUCAGUUCGCUAUGACUUAUUGGAAUCCUCAGUGUAUCUCUGCUCCGCACUUAUUAUUGAAAGUGUUAUGGAACAUUUUGACAAGAAUCGCAUGUCCCAACUGGUGAAUUCAAUUCUCACUGACGAAAUUAGAACUUCUGAAAUCUAUUGCUACAUACUACAAAAUGACGCCGCAUUCCCAAACUUUCCAGCAGCUCUUAAAAUCAACUCACCCAGACUCUAUCAUGCCAUUUAUCUACAAUAUAUACAACGAUUCCUAAUGACUGAGUGUAGUUGUUACACCAGUGGUAAUAGUAGUAAUGUUAGAAGUAAGAGGGGAAUGGAUGAUAUGAAUAAAGGAGUAGGGCCUAGAAUAAAUGAAAGUUCAUACUUUAAUAAAGAAAAUACAAUGGCAAGUUCUAACAUGGCUGAUAAAAGUGUUUCUAACAAUGUUAAGAAGAGUAUUUUGGGCGAAAAUGUAAAAAUUGGUGAUAAUAGUACUAUUGUUAAUAGUAUUAUCUUUGAUAAUGUUGUAGUACAUAAUAAUUGUACUAUAAUUGACACCAUAGUAAUGGAUAACUGUGUUAUUAAUGAGGGAGUGAACCUAGUUUCAGGCUCUUUGGUUGGAAAAAACUGUGAAAUUAACCAAAAACUGGCUAACAGAGUAAAAUCACUAUUUUGUGCAAAGGAUCAGACAAAAUUCUAUGACCUAACUGAUGAUUUUGAUGAAGUGGAUGGGAAUGUAUUUUUAUGGAAUUUGGAACCCUUUAUCACUGAUUCACUUUAUAAGAUCGGUGAUGAAUUGUUUAAUCAUAUUUCAUUCAGUAUUGAACUUGAUAAUAUAAAUGAUAGUUCCACACAAUUAACCGAAUUAACUGAUUUAGAUGAUUUAGAUGAACUAGAAGAUUUAGAUGAAGAUUUAGAUUCUAAUAUACAUGGUUUAGAAGACUCUGGUAUAAAUUUGGAGUUGGAAAUGAUGAUAAUUGAGAGUUUAGAGGAGCCGCAAUUAGUGGAAAAUAAGUUAUUAGAAAUUCGAAGCCUAAGAUUGGCACAUAAUAUUACUGAAACUGAUAUGAAAAUUAAGGUUCAUAAAUUUGCUAUUAAAUGGCUAAUACAAAAUACUCAAGAAGAUAACAUUGUAGAAGUAAUAGAAAAAUCACAAUUCGAACAAUUACUCAAAACAUUCAAAAGUAAAUCAGACAAUAAUUUAAAUAAUGUGGAAGAUGAUUUGUUUGAGGAAAUAUUUAGAUUAUGUGUAGAGAAUGGAAGAGAUGAGUUGUAUUUUUGUAAAUUAAUGGAAGGAUUUUAUCAUACCGAAGUUAUUGAUUUAGAAGAAUUCCCAAACUGGACGAAAACUAAACAGUUCAAAGAGCCAAGAUUAAUCUCAUUCUCAAAAUGGUUAGAAGAAGAUUAA